AGUCCCUCUGAGCCCGGCGGCCUGGACUGCCUGGCAGCCACCUUCUGCCCCACCUCAGCCAGUUCCUGAAGCUGUGACUCACGCCAACUGUGCCAGACGGGGCGCGCUGGGCAGCGCAGCCCCACAGGUGGCAGCGGCUCGAGGACGAUUCCCGCCAGGCUAAGCAGUGGAGCGCCGCACAGCGCGCCUUCCCGCCUCCCAGCCGCCGCCCAGGCAGUUCCCGGCCGGCGCCAGCAGGCCUGCUCGGUCGAUCUUCGAGCCGAAGAUGCGGCGGGGCUGGAAGAUGGCUCUGUCUGGGGGGUUGCGGUGCUGCCGCCGAGUACUGUCCUGGGUGCCAGUGCUCGUUAUUGUCCUCGUCGUUCUCUGGUCCUACUAUGCCUACGUCUUUGAACUCUGCCUGGUGACUGUUUUGAGCCCAGCAGAAAAAGUUAUCUACCUCAUACUCUAUCACGCCAUUUUUGUGUUCUUUGCAUGGACCUACUGGAAGUCUAUCUUUACACUCCCACAGCAGCCAAACCAGAAGUUCCACUUGUCCUAUACAGACAAGGAGCGCUAUAAAAACGAAGAGAGACCUGAGGUCCAGAAGCAGAUGCUUGUGGAUAUGGCCAAGAAGCUACCAGUGUACACCAGAACCGGGAGUGGAGCUGUACGGUUCUGUGACCGGUGUCAUCUAAUCAAGCCAGACCGCUGCCAUCACUGUUCUGUCUGUGCCAUGUGUGUUUUAAAAAUGGACCAUCACUGCCCAUGGGUUAAUAACUGCAUUGGAUUUUCCAACUACAAAUUCUUCCUUCAGUUCUUAGCUUAUUCCGUUCUCUACUGCCUGUACAUUGCUACAACAGUCUUCAGCUACUUCAUCAAAUACUGGAGAGGAGAAUUGCCCAGUGUUCGCUCUAAGUUCCAUGUCCUCUUUCUCCUCUUUGUGGCCUGCAUGUUUUUUGUCAGCCUUGUGAUUCUCUUUGGUUACCAUUGUUGGCUUGUCAGCAGAAACAAAACUACCUUAGAGGCCUUCUGCACACCAGUAUUUACAAGUGGACCAGAGAAAAAUGGGUUCAAUCUUGGCUUCAUCAAGAAUAUUCAGCAGGUGUUUGGCGAUAAUAAGAAGUUCUGGUUAAUACCUAUUGGGUCUAGCCCUGGUGAUGGACAUUCCUUCCCUCUGAGGUCUAUGAAUGAGUUGCAGAACCCGCUGCUAGCAAAUGAGGAACCCUGGGAAGACAAUGAGGAUGACAGUAGAGAUUAUCCAGAAGGCUCGUCAUCACUUGCUGUGGAGUCAGAAACGUAGCAGUUUUCACAUUUUCUGUGUCGCCAACAGGAACCGCCAUCUCCCAUGAGGCUUACAGACUUCAAUAUUGAGAACCACUCUAAUCCUCAAGCUAAGUCACCGCUUUGGAUUGAUAGCUUCACAGUUUGGGUGUUCCAUCACACACUUGUUGUGCAAAUCUUUCAGGACUUUGCAAAUUUACUUUGCUGAAUGAACUCAGUUUGGAAACAAUUGCUUCAAGCCGGUUUUUCUUUUUUAUCCUCCUCCAAUCCAUGAAAGCCUAAGUGUAAAAUAUAUAUCUUUAUAUUUGUCUAGUCUGGGAAGCAGGAAUUCAGAAGAUUGCCUUGGAGUCUAAUUCCCCUCACAAAAGGCUAUUAAUCAUGUCUCACUGCAGGGUCUUUCUGCUAUUGAGGGGAGUCAGCAUGUAUUUGCGGCUUAUGUUCAUGGGCAUAUAUAAACACAUGUGUGUGCAAUAUAUCGAUAUAGAAUUCUGCCAAAUAUCAAGGUUUAAAAAACUGAGGCUUGUAUUUGAUCAUGCUUGUCACCUAAACAGCAGUUUAAAUAUUUGAUAAGCUCUGAACAAACCCUAUAUCAUGUAUCUGAAGUUUAAGAUCAAAUAGACUGUGACCAAGGUCCUGUUGAGAAUUUAACAAGGCAAAAACCUGUCCUGUCACAGAAGUUUCUGAAAGCACCACAACUAAUACAGAGGAACGGAUCAGACUUCCACUUUAGUAAGUAACAGUUAAUAUUUUAAGACAAGGCAUGAUAGUGCAUGCCUAUCUUCCCAGCUCCUAGGAGGCAGAGAGGACGGAGAUCACUGCAAGGCCAGCCUGGUUGGUCUCCAUGUGAGUUCCAGCCCAGCUUGUGUUACAUAAGGAAACCUUGUCUUAAAAAAAAAAAAAACAAUGAACAAAAAGGAAUUACUUUCUUAAAAACUUUUAAUGCUAGGCUGUGGUCAAAGUCUCCAUUUUAUUCAGUUCUCUGGUAUAUAGCUUUGUUUUAGCCUUUGUAAAUUACUUUUAUAAUGGUAGAAAGAUUCUAAGCCUAAGCAUAUGAACCAUCCAUUUUGUAAAACGGAUUUAAGGAUGCUUUUCAGGUAUAAUUAAACUUCUGUUGAAGAAGAUAAAGUUUCAGAUAUGACACUAGCCUGAGGAUUAGCUAAAGGUCUGUGUUUUCACAGCAGGAGUUAAUGUACAGAGUUAACUGAACAGUGAUAUUCCAGUCCUCCUUUUUAAAGCUUCAGUGGCAGCUCAGCCAUUAAGAGAGUUUACAUCCAUUUCCCCACUUAUUUAUAACCAGCCUUCCUUUCAGUCCUAGUGCCUGGAUCAAUGAGAUGGACACUAAUGCUGCUUCUUUAUAAUAAUAGUACCUAAGAGUAUUGAUGGGUUUCAUUUUUCACCCAGCACUCUAAUGCACAGCUGCUGACAAUAAAAGCCCCAACUCUUAACAGAGAUCAGUGGGAGUUACAGGCAUCUCAGUUAUCAAGGAAUUGAACUCCUUAAGAGAUAGUUGGGUUUACUAAAUUAUUCUCUCUAAAAUGUCUCUGAGUGAAAAAGAGUUGCCUGGCACAAACAAAUCUGUGUUGGGGUUCCAGUGCAACUAAGAAGGAAAACAAUCCAGCUAUUGAAAGCAACAACCAAAUGGGUCCAUUUGGUCCCCCUGGGUCAUUUUAAUGAAGGUGAGGUAUUUAGCAUCAAAUAAAAAGAUUGUAGUCUGCAUUUCAUUUGAGAGAAUACAAGAAAUAAAUAAAUCUAUUAGGGCCAGGGCCUAGAGACUGCUUCUAAAACUCACAAAUUGAGGAGUAACACAGACUGUGCAUGCUGGAUUUCAUAAUAAAAGUUUAUACUUUCGCAUAGGAAAAACUCUGCCUUUCCAUUGCUCCUUCUGAAGCAUUUCUCAUGUCUAGCUUUUCUUUGGAAGCAUAUUUAGCCAUCCAUGUGGCUUUAUGGUCCACAAGCCUUGCCUUCUAGUCCUAUAAAAAUGUACCUUUCUAUAAAGGGGUGCAAGCAGCACUUCACAAGAAAUCAGCAUCAAAGCAACCUUCCCUGACCCUAUGUAUCAUCUUCUGCUAAGGCACAGGCUGCUGCCUGUGCUGUCAAGUCCGGAAAGCAUAGGAACUUCUCUGUGGAGUGUAUUAGCAUUCGGCCCUCAUAGACAUCAUGUCACAAAAGACAAUGUUAGUAAACUACAGGGAAGCACUGGAAAGGUAAAGCUCAGGUUAAUGCAAGCUGAUUGUUCAGUGUCUUAAGACUUAUGCUGUCUCAAAAAGGCCAAAUAAACCAGGGUUUUCUCUGGGUGCUUGGAGAAAGAAGAAACCCUAUUCUUCUUUAAGUAUGUUGAUCUUAUUAGUUUAUAGAUGAUGAUAAUAUCCCUAUACAUAAAUUCUCUGUGUGUCGAUUACUAUGUAUAUAGGCAUCUAAGUGGUUAGUUAUUGAUCAAGAAGACAGGUUUGUUUCAUAAUUAGCACACCCUGACCUCACUCAUUUGCUUUCUUUUCCUUGGAACUCUGCCCAGUAACCUCUGUGGGAUCUCAUCCCCCAAUCUUUGGUGCUCUGCUUCCACAGUUGGAAAGUGGAGCUACUUGUUAAUAUCCCACGGCUAAAAGGUGCUAUGUAACUCCCUAGUGCUCUUAUGUAGUUUUAUUUGCAGGACUAGGAUGAAAAUUUUAAACAUUACAGUAUUUCUAAGCAAACACAUCUGCUCCAUUCUUUUCCUCCAUGAUCCUAGUACAGAAUAUUUUCUUGCAGAGCCUAGAAUACUUUGUUAAUCUUCUUCUAUUUGUUGCAACAAUGUCCUUGGGAAAAGAUAAAAUGGAAAUUAUUUUUCCAAAAAAUAAACAUAAAGGAGAUAAAGUGCCAUCCAAAAGCACAUAACUAUUAUUAGAGAGACUUUACUUUCUAGUGCCAGAAUAACCAUGGAGCAAAGAGAACAGAAUCACAUUCCAAGAGUCCCUCUUUCUCCAACAUCUUGAAGUUUGCAAUUUAGACAGCAAUUUAUUUUCUAAUGCAAUAUGUGCCUCUUCCCCUCACUGAACCUAUAAAACAUAAGUAUUUGCACUAGAUAGCAUCAGCCAUUGCCAUAAUCUCCUGUGGCACCUAGACGCCCAAUCUCAGGGUUUGUUUUUCCAGGGAAAACAAUGUGCUUCCUCGUGUUCGUGCCAAAUUGCACAAAGUAUAGGCAUGUAUGUUAAUGGAUAUUUAAGCACAGUUCUAGAAGGUAUGUUUUAAGAAUACUGUGUAGUAUGCAUUAUUGCAAUAUACACCUGAGAUUUAACAAGGCCCCAACUGACAGGAAUGUAAUAAUCAUUCAUAGUCUAGCUCUUUCAACUCUCAUCCCAGAUAUCAACAUGUGUGCACAUGGACAUGAAUGUACACCCUUCUUUUAAGGCAGAUUGCUAGGUCAUUAGAACAAAUGUUUCACAGGGAUGAUUCUGUUCUCUCCUUUUUAAUGAAGUCCAAAUCACAGGAAAUGAAGAACAUUUCAUUUAUCUGUUCUAAAAUAUCUGCUGUCAGAGUGUCUAAGAGACCCAGUUGGGCUGAAAGACAUGUUCUGUGCGGAGGCACAGAGGACAUCUAACAAGAUCAUUAGACCCUAAUGCAAGUUCCAUGUUCACAGAAAAUUCAUGCACUCUGUGCAAACAGGACGAAAUGGUUGACAGUGUGUGCUACAUUUGCAUUUCUUUAACCACACCUAUAAAAUACCCUAUUAUACUGUAGUCUUUGCAUGUGAGCAUUAUGUAAUAUAAUAAGGAAUGGGUGGCUUUUAACUAGCAUGCAACCCUUAACUUGUUUACUACUCCAAAAGGGCUAAGGCUUGUCCUGCACAGUAUUCAAAAUCAUUAAAUGUGUUCUUUGGAGAAGCCUGGUUAACAUCCAUCAGCAGAAUGAGUUAAAACACACAAUGAAUUCAAUCUAUCAGGAUGUUCAUUUUUGGUAGGGAAUGGUUAAAAGAAAAGAACAAUAAGAUGCAUUCAAAGAAUAAUUGCUUUCAGACUGCUGUCUAAAUCAGCAAAGGAACACAGCGGGAAAGAGAGGUCUGGGUCUUAGUAAUAUAUGGAAUAUAUUGGAGAACCAGAAAAGGAAAGACACUGGGGGACUUCAACAGUUAAGCUCAAGUUGCCAAUUUGCUAUAAAUCCCUUUUGCCAUCAGUCUGCUUACAAUGAUACAUAUAUAUAGUGUUCUUAAAACGAUAUGUCUUGCUGCAGAAAUACUGGAAAAAGACUGGUCAGCUUUAUCUUCCUAUCUCCUUUAUUAAAACUAUAUACAUAAA